AUGUCUUUCAGUUUUACUGCAACGCCAACCGAUCCACACGGCGCUCAUCAUUCGUCACCGAACAGUAUGCAUCAUCAACAGUAUGUAACACCAUUAACUGGUUCAUCAUCAUCAUCAACAGGAGGAUCUCCAACAACAGCUGCACAAGUUCAAGCAGCAGCGGCUGCUGCUGCUGCAGCUCAAGCAGCAGCCAAUAUGCCAUUAAUAGCAUCAAUAGCCAAUGUAAAAGACUCACGUUGGCUUACACUUGAAGUAUGCCGUGAAUAUCAACGUGGAAAAUGCACCCGGUCCGAACAAGAAUGUAAAUUUGCUCAUCCACCAACACAUGUUGAAGUUAAUAGUGGCAAAGUUAUCGCUUGCUUUGAUUCACUUAAGGGCAAAUGCAAUCGUACUAAUCCACCAUGUAAAUAUCUUCAUCCGCCUCAACAUUUACGCGAUAUUUUACUUCAAAACGGACGCAACAAUUUGAUUCUUCGUAGUAUUGCUAUGAAUAUUGCUGCUAAUCAAUCUAUUUAUCCACAAACGGCAGCUCAUUUGCCAUAUCACAACGGUGCUAUUAUUCAGAGUCCUAUACAACAACCCACUUCGCUUCCAUCUUAUCAUCAUAUUGGACCAACUGGUCCUGGUCAAUCAGCAUUCUUAUUCAAUCAAAAUGGUCAAGCGUUUAGCAUUCCUUUACAUGCAGCUCAUUUACAACAAUUAUCACAACCUACACCUGGUACACCUAUGUUUAGUUCAGAUGGUGCGCAAUAUUUUCAACCGGUGACACAAUUAACAGCACAAGCAACUGGACAAAAACCAGCACGUACCGAUCGUCUUGAAUCAUAUCUUGAUCUUGACAUGCUAUAUGUAUGCUCAGAUUUUCAGCAUGGUCAAUGUUUAAAUACAGCGGACACAUGUCCACUUGCACAUCCUCAAACACAUUGCCCACUUGACACAGAUGGUCUUGUUAUUGUUUGUGUUGAUUAUGUUAAAGGAAAAUGUAUUCGUGAAACAUGCAAAUAUUUUCAUCCACCUGAACAUCUUGUUGCACAAUUAAAAGCUGUUAAAGCACAAUCUGCAGCAGUUGCUGCACAAUUUUUUUCUAAUGCACCAACAACUGCUAUUCAAUAUUCACCAUCUACUUUACAAUUUGUUCAUCCUGUUACAUUGAACAGUAGUCAGUCUAUAUUGGCUGCACCACAUCCUACUACUACUUACGCCUAUCCUCAACGAACAUCUACAGCACCUGCUUGUUCCUCGCCAUUGCAACAACAAAAUACUCAUGAAGAUGAUGGAGCAUAUGCAAAUGGUUUUGUUUCAUCAUAUCAACCAUAUCCAGGAGCUGCAAUACAAACAAUUUAUACACAACAACCUCCAUCAGUUGAUUUAAAAGAUUCAUCAUUAAUUACUUCAACAAAUGGUGAUACUGUCGGUCGUAACGGUUCAUCAUCAUCUUCAUCAUCAUCAUCUACAGGUGUUAAGCCACCCGGAACACAACUUUUUGCUGCUUCACCUCAUUUUGUUCAGCAACAGUCUCAACAACAACAACAACAACAACAACAGCAACAAGCAGCUUUAGUAGUACAACAUCAACAUCAACAACAACAGAAACGUUCAGCUGUUGCUGAUCCUAAAACUGGUAUACCAAUGGCUGCUUAUCCAUUAACAGCAUUUUCUUAUCCAUCACCAUCACCAUUACCAAUACAAUUUCAACAGCAAUAUUUAACUGCUGUUCCUAUGACUUCUCAACCUCAAAUGAAAAUUACUGGAUACACUUCCCAUUUGCCGAGACUUUAA